ACGUACACUUUAUCAAGCGUCUUCCCGCGCGGCAACCUCCCCAGUCUCUCGGCUCCUCAGCAGCAGCUGUCCUUUUGGCCGUUUUACUCCAGGACUUCCAGGACACAUUCACUGCCAUGUCUUCUGAAGAAGGGAAGCUCUUCGUGGGAGGGCUCAACUUCAACACUGAUGAGCAGGCUCUGGAAGACCACUUCAGCAGCUUUGGUCCCAUUGCUGAGGUGGUCGUUGUCAAGGACCGGGAGACUCAGCGAUCCCGGGGUUUUGGCUUCAUCACCUUCACCAACCCAGAGCAUGCUUCAGAUGCCAUGAGAGCCAUGAAUGGAGAGUCCCUAGAUGGUCGCCAGAUCCGUGUGGACCAUGCAGGCAAGUCUGCCCGAGGAACCAGAGGGGGUUCCUUUGGGGCCCAUGGACGUGGUCGUAGCUAUUCUAGAGGUGGUGGGGACCAGGGCUAUGGGAGUGGCAGGUAUGACAGUCGACCUGGAGGAUAUGGAUAUGGAUAUGGAAGGUCCAGAGACUAUGGUGGCAGAAGCCAGGGUGGUUAUGACCGCUACUCAGGAGGGAAUUACAGAGACAAUUAUGACAACUGAGAUGAGGCAUGCACACCUAAUGUAGAUACACAAGGAAUAAAACUUCUCAUCCAGGAUCAUUCUUCCAAAUGGCUGUAUUUUAAAGAUUUUUGGAGCUGCACUGAAACAUCUGUUUUGGUACAUCAACCUCUAUUUUUGAAUUGAGCUCCCAAGGUAGCUUGUUAAAAACCUUUUAGAAAGCUCCACUUGUAUUUUAAAAAGUUUUCUCCCGUUUAAAGACAAAUUCUAGGACAUUGUAGAGUCUGGGUAUUUUUUCUUUUAGUUUGGGCUCUCAGGAUUAUUGGUUCUGGCAAAAAAAAGGCCAGACUAUUUUUUUUUUUUUAUCUGCAUCUACAGACAUUUGAAAAAACAUGUACACAGGUUAGGAAGCAAUUUCUGAAUGUACCUAUACAAAAAUAGCAUCAACAACAUGAUUGCUUAGCUCUGUUUUUUUACUCAAGAUCAACACCCUGAUUAUAUAGAAGUUUCUUAAAAAUAUUUGUGAAUGUCAUUUUUUUUAAAUACUGGAAGAAAAAAUAUUCUGUUGUGUCUCAUGUAGUGUCUAGGAUGUCCUUCAAGGAGCUUAUUAAAAGUGAUACAUGGAAACAAUGAUA